AGCAAACACACACUUAACUACUUGUUUCCUUUCUCUAUAAAUGUGAAGAUUUCAAUCCAAUUCCAACCAACAACCCUUUUGCUUUCAUUACAUUUCAUUCACAUUUCAACUGUUUCUCACUCAUAUCCAUGGCUCAAACAACACCAAAUCACACUCAAACUGUUUCUGGUUGGGCAGCUCAUGAUUCUUCUGGCAAGAUUACUCCAUACACCUUCAAAAGAAGAGAGAAUGGUGUUACUGAUGUAACUAUCAAGAUUUUGUAUUGCGGAAUUUGUCACACUGAUAUUCAUCAUGCUAAAGAUGAUUGGGGCAUUACUAUGUACCCGGUUGUUCCCGGGCAUGAGAUAACAGGGGUUAUCACAAAGGUUGGGAGUGAUGUAUCAGGAUUCAAAGAAGGAGAGAGAGUUGGUGUGGGGUGUUUGGCUGCUUCAUGUUUGGAUUGUGAGUUUUGCAAAACAGAUCAAGAAAAUUACUGUGAAAAAUUGCAGUUUGUUUACAAUGGAAUUUUCUGGGAUGGUAGCAUUACAUAUGGUGGCUACUCACAAAUGUUGGUGGUAGAUUACAGAUAUGUAGUACACAUUCCGGAUAGCUUACCAAUGGAUGCAGCAGCACCAUUACUGUGUGCUGGAAUAACAGUUUUCAGUCCUUUGAAAGACCAUAAUCUUGUAUCAACAGCUGGGAAAAGAAUCGGUGUGGUUGGUUUGGGAGGACUUGGUCACAUGGCUGUUAAAUUUGCGAAAGCUUUUGGUCACCAUGUUACUGUCAUAAGCACUUCUCCUUCCAAAGAAGCCGAAGCUAAGAAACGUCUGGGAGCUGAUGAUUUCAUAAUCAGCACUAACCCCCAACAAUUGCAGGCUGGAAAGAGAAGUUUAGAUUUUAUUCUGGACACUGUAUCAGCAGACCAUGCUCUAUUGCCUAUCUUAGAAUUGCUCAAAGUUACCGGAACCCUAUUUCUCGUGGGCGCACCCGACAAGCCACUACAAUUGCCUGCUUUUCCGUUGAUAUUUGGGAAGAGAUCCAUAAAAGGUGGGAUCAUUGGAGGAAUAAAAGAGACACAAGAAAUGUUGGACGUUUGUGGAAAACUGAAUAUAACAUGUGACAUUGAGUUAAUCAAAGCUGAUACAAUCAAUGAGGCUUUUGCUCGUCUUCUCAAGAAUGAUGUUCGCUACCGUUUUGUCAUUGACAUUGCUGAUGCUUUUGCUACCACCAAACAUGUCUAAACCCUUUAUUUGGGAAUCAUAUAUGGAUGCUAGUUAUUUUCCGGAUUUCAUGGAUUACUAGGAUUAUUUACCAUCAAAUUUAUAUUAUGGAUAUUAGUUACUUAAAAAAGAAAAUCAAAUAUGUAAACCUUUGGAGUUGCUUUUGAAUCUGAUGAAUGUGGUUGAGCAAUUAAAACUCGGUUACCUACCUACUUGUAUGGGUUAAUCUUUUGACAUUGAAAUGCAAUAAAUUUUAUUUUAGUCUUCUUUUUUCA